GAAGGAACAAUACUCGUAAUGGCGCGAGAGCUUAAAAGUUGGUCGUUUUGGCGGGCAGUAUUGGCCGAGUUCCUUGGGAUGACGGUUUUUGUUUUUAUUGGCAUAGCCUCUGCCAUUGGAAACAAGCAUAACAGAUUCCCCGACCAAGAGGUUAAAGUAGCUUUGGCUUUUGGCCUGGCCAUCGCCACAUUGGCUCAGAGUUUGGGGCACAUCAGUGGAGCCCACCUGAACCCAGCUGUUACUUUAGGACUUUUGGUCAGCUGUCAGAUCAGUUUCUUCAGGGCCUUCAUGUAUAUCAUUGCCCAGAUGUUGGGAGCUGUGCUGGCAAGUGGCAUUAUGUUCAAAGUCAGUCCUGACCCCGAAUCAACACUGGGACUCAACAUGCUGAGUAGCGGAGUGAAAGCCGGUCAGGGGUUUGCUAUUGAGCUCUUCGCAACCUUCCAGCUGGUCCUCUGUGUCCUGGCCACGACAGACAAACACCGGACCGAUGUGGCAGGCUCUGCACCCCUAGCCAUCGGACUGUCAGUCGGUUUAGGGCACCUGGUCGCUAUCAGUUACACCGGAUGCGGCAUCAACCCCGCUCGAUCUUUCGGACCAGCUGUCGUUCUUGAAGCAUUUAAAAACCACUGGAUCUACUGGAUUGCUCCGAUGACUGGAGGGGUGGCUGCUGCUCUUGUGUACGACUUCUUGCUCUGCCCAAGAAAGGAAGCGCUUCGUCAGCGUAUGAACGUCCUGAAAGGCACAGCUGAUCCGGACCCGUCUGCCACAGAAGCACUAAUCGAACCCCGAACCCCCAGAUCUGGUUCUGGUCAGUGGCCCAGACCCUGAAAUGUCCUUGUUACAUGUUAUGUCCUUGUUCUGGAGCUGAGUAGAGAUGGAUUACAUGCAGAACCAGCAGGCAAACUCCUCUCUUGACAUAAAAUACGACAUCUAGAUAUAAAUUGACUGCUUAUUAGAUAUGCAUCUUUGUGUAAUACUUCAUUGAUGGUUUAUGUCAGAUUAAAUAUAUAUUAUCCUUAAAAUUUAGAAGAUUAAAGCUCUGUCUCCAUUGCUGUAUGAUGAACAUCGGAAUCUACUGUCUUACUACAAAGAAAUAAAAUAUGAGGGAAGAAGAAAGGUGAUGAAUUCAUCGCAGUUGCUUGUAACUUCGCUGUUGAGAAUUGACAUUAAAGUACAGAGAAAUUGCACUGUAUUUAAGGACCAGUUCUCACUAUUAAAUAUGCAGCAUGCAUGCAUA